AUGGAGUGCCUGGUCCAUGUUGACUCAGUGCAGGGUGCUCAGCCCACUGCAGUGGGAAGAGAAUCCCCCUCCUGUACUUAUAUUCUCUUUGGGGAUAGACGCCAGAAUUUGCCUGCUGCUGUGACACCUAGCACUUAUAAGGCACCUCAGGAAGCCUCAUCUACUACCAAUUCUACUGCAGCUGUUUCAGAUGAAAGAAUUAAGAUCUUCUGCAAAGACCCUUUAAACAAGAAAGUGGUUCUGUCGGUACAGUUCCUGCUGCGGAAGUAUCAAAAGAAAGAGUCAAUUACAAAGACAGACAUGCUGAAGUUUAUUAUCAAAAAGUACAAAUAUCACUUCAAUGAAAUCUUCAGAAGAGCCUCUGAGCACAUGGAGCUGGCCUUUGGUGUUGAUUUGAAGGAAAUGGAUCCCAUCAGGCAUUUCUCUGCCCUUGUCAGCAAACUAGACCUCACCUUUGAUGGAACAAUGAGUGAGGAAGAGAAUAUGCCCAAGACUGGCCUGAUGAUUGUGCUGAAUAUGAUCUUCAUGAAAAGCAACUGUGCCAAAGAGAAGAUCUGGGAAGCGCUGAAUAUAAUGGGUGUAUAUGCUGAUAGGAAGCACUUCAUCUAUGGGGAGCCCAGGAAGGUCAUAACCGAAGAUUUGGUAUAGCUAAAGUACCUAGAGUACCAGCAGGUGCCCAACAGUGAUCCUCCAAGCUAUGAAUUCCUGUGGGAUCCAAGAGCCCAUGCUGAAAUCAGCAAGAUGAGAGUCCUGGAGUUUUUACCCAAGGUCUGUGGUACUGUCCGUAGUGCCUUCCCUUCUCGGUAUGAAGAUGCUUUGAGAAAUGAGGAAGAAAGAGCUCAAGCCAGAGUUUCAGCCAGGGCCCGUGUCAUUGCCAUGGCCACUGCAUGUUCCAGGGCCAUGUCCAGCAGCUUUUCCCAUGCUAAGUGA